ACUGCGGGACUGCCAAGGAUAUCAAAAGCUGAUGUUAGUAACUAAGAUAAAGAAGAAGAAAAAGAUUUAUUUGAAAGUUGGUUAAGAUAUUGUUUUCCUUGAUCUGUGUGCUUCACUUCUCAGAUUUUAAACAGUUGAAUAAUAAUGGCAAAUGCUGAUGUUGAAGAUCCUCAUAGACAGUGCUUGAAAGAUCUUUCUCCAAGCUUAAGAUCUACUGCUGAGUUUUUGUUAGAUUCAGCCAACAGACUGAAUUGGGGUGAUCUCAGCCACUCGAUUAUAAUGGAUAUGGGUUGUGGAGUGAGUUCCCUUGAGAUAUUUAAGACAGUCUUCCCUAAAUUUCAUAAAGUAAUAGCGGUAGACAAAUCCUUUAAUUUCAUAAAUUACCUUAAAUUCUAUCGAAAGCAUGGAAAUAUGGAAUAUCGUGUUGCUGACAUCACUAACAGAUCAACUUUAAUUGAGUGGGAGGCUAAGAUGUCCAAAAUUGUUUCCUUUUACUGUUUUAACUGUUUGACUGAUCAGAAGUCAGGUUUUGCUAAUAUUCAUUACUUGCUCCAACCAGGAGGAGAGGCCAUUAUCCUUACUGCCCUAAAAAAUCCUCAUUUUGAAUGUGCAAGAUUCCUACUGCAGAAGCCUAAAUGGAGCAUGUAUCAGCAUUUAGAGAAAAAGUUUACAGAUUUCCAAGCUCAUGGAACUGGUAUAGGAUUUUACGAAAAAAUUUUAAACGAUCUAGAUUUUGAAAUAAUUAGUUGCGUUGAGGAUUUUAGAGUCAUUGCAUUUGCCACAGAAGAAGAAUUUAGAGCGUCUGCUCUAACGAAAGACAGAGUGAUUGCUGCACACUUGCCCAUCAACGUACUAAAGGAGUUCGAAGAAGAAUAUAUUCAAGCUCUGAUGGAAAUAAAUGGCCGAUCAUCUAUAGGAGAAUAUUACCUCCACACGAGCACAGCUAAAAUUCUUAUUCGAAAAAAGAAUCUUAACAUAAAAUCUAAUAUAAAAGUUGACACAAUGUCAACCUGAAUUUUAUUCCUAUUUUUUAAGAGACGUUUUCGUAUCUGAAUCUGGAAAUAUUUCGUUCUUAAAUAAAAUAACUUUUGUGUUUUA